CUUGAACAACGUCGGAAAACAACACCUGGGCUGCCUCGUUUUUCGAGGAAUAAUUUGUUCGACCCAUCGCGUCGCCAUUGAUUUGCUGCCAUUACCAAAAGCACUGAAUUUUUCGUUGAAUGUUGUAUGUAGUUCAUUCCAAAGAAAAGUGCAAGUGAAAUCUCCCAUCAGAGCUGGUGGUGCUACCCUUGGAACCAAUUAACCUGCACUAUAAAACGACAAGUCGACUCGGAUUGUAGCCUCGCGAAGUUAAUUUCACACAGCCGCCAUGUCCAGCCAGCCGAAGAUGUCCUCCGAGAUGGGAGCGGCCGAGCAGUACGAGAUGGAGCAGCUCGCCGAAGCGGAAACCCAACGGUUGCACAAACUGCUCCGCACUUUGGAGAUCGAACGAAUCACGUUUCUGGAAACGAAGAACAAAUCUAUGCGCAAGUUUCGAGCGAACAUGCGAACCCUGGAGAAGGAGAAACAGCAACUGCAGCUGCAGUUGGACUGCGAGGAGCAUGGCGUUCAUUCGAAGCGGGAAACCGAGAUGGAAUCGGAGCUGGACCUAACGUACGAGAGGCAAGAGAAGGCCAACCAUAAUCUGAAAGCGAAGAAAGAAGGGCUGCGGGAGCUGGAGAGUCACAUCAGGAAGAUACAUCGCGAAAUUGCGGAAAUAAGGAAGAAUGAGGUGACAGAUAUUAGGUACAAUGAAACGAUUGCGAGAGCGCAACGAUCCGUAAGGAAGCUUGAGAAUAGGUUGGAUGUGGUGAACAAAAAGGCAGGAGUGGCAAUGGCAGAAAAUUCGCAACUGCGGCAGACGAUCGACCACAUGCUGACGGAGAGAGCAACGUUCAAUAUCAUGUGGGAGAAACUGGUGGCGAAACUAAACGAAGGGAAACGCUACAUGAUGGACCUAAUUGAUCAGGCAACUUCGGCGUACGACACUCGGGAGGAGCUGUGCACUAAGCUGCAAAUAUUGAAAGACAAAGGUCAAAGUGAGAAGGUAACACACAUACAGGAGAUGAGAGAACUGCAGAGGAAGUUGGAUCAUGAUGCAAAGCUGCAGGAGUUCCUCAGCAUCAAAGGACAGCGGCGAUCGAAUGCGGAGCUGGAGGAAAGAGAAGCGCUGAAGAAGCAGAAAAUGCUGGAGAACUUGGAAAAGCAAUAUGCUGAAUAUGAGCAGAUAAUGUCACGAAUCAUGACGUUUUCCGGGGAGGACGAUAUCGACCGUUUGGUGGCUAAGUUCAUUAAGAAGGAGGAGGAAAACUUUGCGCUGUUCAACUACGUGAACGAGUUAAGCCACGAAGUGGAAACGUUGACGGAAAGUGUGCAACUGCUGCAGGAUAAAAUCACUGAACAAAUUGCUAUCAAUGAGUCAAAAGAGCACUCUCAGGAUGACAACAUUGAUGCUCUGCGCUUGGCUGAGGUCACCAGUAAGGAGGAGGCGGAUGCCGCCUUUGAGAUCAAACAGGUCUGGGAUGUGAAGCUGGACGAGCUGCUGCGAACUGCGGAAAGGAUUUACAAACUACUCCACUGCGACGAAGCACCUAUCCUGAACUUGCUGAAUAAUGAGAGCAAGGUGACGCUUAACAACGCAAAGCUGUUUCUCGGAAUCAUCGAACGCCGCGUGGCCAACAUCAUUAGCAACGUCAACUACGUGGAACCAACGACUAAAAUUCUGGGCAAGAAGGAUCGCGUGCCGAAUUUCAACGUCAAGGAAUCGGCCAAAAUUCGGGUCGAUAGAGGCUAGACGCGUUUGGAUUGUUAUUUACAACUGUUUUAUUACAACUUUUUACAUUUAACAGACUUUUUUUUCUUGGUAGAUAUAAGUUGUGUGUCAAUAUUGCGCGAACAUCUAUCUGAUUUUGUGGUUCUGUAUUUGUUGCAAAGUAAUUCAAUAAUGUAACACUAUGCCUUAGGUACAGUCACUGCAUUUUAUUUCAACUUAACACGUAUUAGUGUGGCAAUGAUUAGAUUCAGAAGACAAAUUUACAUAAUCUAUUACGGUACACAUAAGUUAGCAAGUCUUUAGAUAAGCGUUGUGUAACAGUUAUUAUAUCGUUUAUUAUCAUUAUUUUAAUUCGAAAGAAUGUAAUUUACAAUUACUUACAUUUUGAGGAUAAUAUGCACCAAACGAUACUGUCAAUAAAUUACUACAAGCUCUCAAAUGGUUUCGAUAAAAGAAAGUCACCAUUAUUUGCAAUUUUAGAAAUUUUCAAAAUGCAUUUUCCUGUAUUUUUGUAUGAAUUUUCUAACACUUGUGUUGAACAUUCUCAAUAUACCACAGUUCAGGUAAUUGAUUCUUUGGCUUAUUUAAGGUCAACUUUUCCAAAUAACCCAUAUUUUUGAAGCCUCUAACUAUUUUUAAAAUUAAAAACAAAAACUGAAAAAGUGCUGCACGCGUGAGCCGGCCUGAAAAAUUUACCCGAUGAUCGUUCGAAAUCGGGCCAAUCUUUAAAAUAACAGCACAUUUUUUAUUUUAAAAAAGUUAAAGGCUACAAAAAGCAUGGGUUCUUUGGAAAGGUUGACCUUAAAUAAGCCAAAUAAGCGACUGAGACAAUAAAACGAGAUACAAUUUAUGACGAGAAAGGUCAAUUGCUUCGUCCGGUUUUCUUUUGAGUUAAGUACUUUGCCUACAUCUGCUAAAUUUAGUAAAUUUCGUUAAUUACUGUAUUUAAUCUGGAACAAGUUGAUUAGCAAAUAUGGACUCUUCUCUGUAUGUUGAAUCAAAUUUCCUAUAUCGCUUCAUCAAAUUAAAGAACGUUGCGACGUUUCACAUGAAUCUAAGCAAAUUAACUUCACAUAUAGUCCCGUUACGCUGAGAUAUGGAUACUCUGAAGUAGUGCGUAACGGUGUAAAUCCGGUCAUAUCGCCAGGCUCGGUUAAAGACUGAAACUGACUAUAUGACGUCCCUAACCCCGAAUCCCAAGGUGUCAGGCGACCCGUGCCGAGGGGAUGAAUGGCCUGGGGGGUGAAACAAUUAGCCAGGCAGUUAACGGAGCCUGUAAUGCUGGGUAGACACCUUUUUUCGUGGUGCAUUACGGAGAAAGAUCUACCACACUGUGCUCUAGUUCUUACUAUUCUUGUUAAUACUUAUGAGUGAUGGUCGGAAGAGUAUGUAACGACUAUAAUCUGCUUUUAGAUGACCCACCUUUUGCCACUUUUGGAUGGAGUCAAUGGAGUAAAUUAUAAAAACGUAAUUCAAUAUUAGGCUGGUUUUAAAGCCGAUGACAUGAAUCUCAAAGCUCCAGAGCGCUUAUUAAUUAGGAAAGAAGCGGAUACGAAUUUGGUGGAUCUGCUGAACCCUCUGACUGAUUAGAGCUCUGUGUAAAGGUGAGAUUCAGAAAUGCCAAACGCAAUGAAAUCAGAUCUCUGUACAAAAACGAAUCCGGAACUCAUAAGAAUAGGGUAAUUCGCCAAAUGUUGAACGGCUAAUUUCUUCGCCUAUUGUUGAACGCACGUGCAUUUCUUAUGGGAGUUCAACAAUAGGCGACAAAAUUAGCCGUUCAACAUUUGGCGGUUUCCCCUACGCAAAAAUAUGUUUGAACUGCAGUAACGAUGCAUGGUCAAAAUCAGUAUUAUCCCACUUAUUGUUGAGCCGAAACUGAUUGAGGGGCGCGCCUUUGAGAGUUGGUAUAAGCCGUUUCUGGAAGGGUAUAAAUAGCGGUACCUUAAUCUAAAGAGGCCUUACAUUAGGCUUGAGAAAAUAUCUGAAUAAAAAACGACUACUUCAUUUCUUCUCAAUAGAUAUGGAGCAGAAAGACAUGCACUAAACAAAUGACACGGGUAUACUACAAAAGUUCAAUGAAAUGGACGCAGUGGUUCAUCCUGAACAAAAAAAAAAAACUUCAUUAACUUCUUAUGCUGAUUUCUUAAAAAUAAGAGAGACUCACAAUAUGUUUCUUUCUAUUAAAUAGAUCUUGCUAUACGCACUAAGGUAGCCGCACACCUCGGAAAUCCUGUCCACGGCAAAAAUCCCGCCCGAUUUAUAGCACAUAUGGAUCAAGAACCGACGAAAAUAUUUCCCGAUUUGAUGAGGCUAACGAUUACCAGCGAAUUUUUUUUUUUGCCGUAUCUUUGUUCUCAUGUAUUUCUUGGUUGGCCCAUUUGGCCGAAAAUUAUUUUGCCGAACAAACCAUUAAACCGAAACCCAUCUUGCCGAAAGUCAAUUGACCGAAAAUGUCAUUUGGCUGAAGAUGACGUUUGACCGAAAUGGUCGUUCAGCACGAAUAGGCAUUCAGACAAAAAUGUCCGAACGAACGGCCCAUAAUGUCGUUUUCCAAACGGUCUAGGUCAUUUGGUAUGAAAUCAUUUGGAAUAACGCCAUUUAGCAUAAGGUCACAGGCCUGGCAGCGAGUCACUUAUUAGUGAUUUGGCACUUUUUUCGUAUAAGUCACUAAAAAGUCUCUUUUUUUUAGCAAGUCAGUAAAGUCCAUAUUUCAAGUCGUAAAAAGUCCAUAUUUUCAACAAUUUUCAUCAAAAUCAAAAGUAAGGAUUCUACAUUCAUGUUUCCUGAGGCACAUCAUCCUAGUAUGAGAAAGAAAUUUCAAAUAAUGUUACGCUUUGUGUACUCAUCGAUAAAGCUGCUUCAUAACAAACUGAUGAAUGUACAGAAAAUGAACUCCAAGGUUACCAGCAAGAUUACCGGGCGCGAGUAUUAGCCGUUUGGCAGCGCAGUAUCAUUACUUGACACUUUACCGGUCGCUACUAAACGCGCUGCUAUAACAGUAGCGCGACUGACAGGUGAUCAAAUUUGGUAGCGCGGUAAGAGCUGUCAACUAUCAAACGUCACCGGAACGGAAUACAGCAACCAAAUUGAGAGCCGAAACUAGUGACGAAACUAAAAUGACAGCGCUAAAAUAAUGAUUUGGGCUUACUAGCCUGAAAGUCUUUCUUAACUUCUACUACCAUUUACUUACUAGAGCUACCGUUGGAUAUUCCAAAGAAACUUCUUCUAAAAGAAUUUUAGAAAUCUGAACAAACUACUUAGAUCUAUAUUUACAAAUGAUUCAUUGGCCUCCGGCAAGAAUCUGUUACUACGCUCGCUGCUUAUUUGUCCUUCAAUGUUCAAAAUAUAUUUUUAUGAUUUCGCAAUGCUAUUGCUGGAAACAGUCUUAUCUUCUACAUGGGAACUUUUUUUUUCAAUUUUUAAAAGUUUUUCAAAUUAAAAGAGGGGCCAUUUUUUAGAUUUAUGCUUUGUGAUUCAAAAUAAUUUGAUAUUUAGCAAUUAUUUACAUAAUUUUCAAUUAUAGAAUGGCAUUUUCACAUACAGAGGUUGUAGGAAAAUGUUCAAAGUCAUCAGGUAUCAGAACGUCGGCUCCAGGGGCACGUUCACCUCAAUUUGGGAGAUUUGUGCCAUCGCCUUCACAGUCUUUUUCAUCACACACCUGACGGAAAAAUAGGUGAACAAAAAGGAAAGGCAUAUGGAUGGGAGAACAAAGGGAAUGUUUGGAAAAAGGCCCUUGAAGAGGGCGUACAAGAGCUUAUAGCUCCUUACCACAACGGGUUAUGAACAAUCGUGCAUAGACUGGGCAGCUACAUAUUAGAUGAUAAGAAGUUCCAUAAUCGGAUUCACAACUAUCACAAACAGAUGAUUCAACACGUUGAAUAUUUGCCAUGUGAUAGUUCAGUCUGCAGUGACCUGUCAAGGCCUUGACUAAGACACUGUAAUUUUGUUUAGACAGAUUAGCUAAAUAGUUUGCUACUACCGGAGAUGGCUCCCGGAUGUACAAUUUUGUUUGAUGACAUGAAUCCAGACUACUCCAAUGCCAUUUGUGCUGAGUGACAGCCCAAGAGUUGAUCAAAAGCUUCACCCAACACUUGGAUAUUGGAAUAGCUGGCUCAGGACCAAUCAAGUCAUGAAAUGAGAAUUACAAGCUAACUCAUCAGCCAUUUCGUUUCCAGCUACGGAAGAAUGGCCAGAUACCCAUAAAGUUUGUAAAGUAUUAACUGAAUUCAGUUCCUCAAUUUGAGUUCGACGUGCGAUUACUAACUUUGACCUUGAGUUGGCCGAGGCGAGAGCUUUAAUAGCUGCUUGGCUAUUUGCCCAUAAUGCGUUACUGCAGCGAAGACUGCACUCCACACAUGAUGGUAAAUAUUUCCGCCUGAAAGACAUGUGCAGUGUGUACCCAGUGGGUGUGACUGUUCCAAUCUCAGCUCACGCGAAUAGACGCCUGCACGUGCUCUACCUUCGAGGAGGGAGCCGUCAGUGUAACAAACAAUGCUGUCAUCGAUAACACGUUCUAAGUAUUUCAGAAGAAAUGAGGUCAGACUGGUGGGUCUAAAACUCUUUGCUUCUUCAUACGAAGUACGUCCUCCUUUUGGUAUACACUUUACAGUGACAUGCCGCCAGGAUAUGGGAAUAUACCCAGUAGCAAAACUGCAUAAAAGCUUUUUCAAAACCUCAAAACCUCUCUGAAGUAAAACGGGAUAAAUCCCAUCCUCCCCUGGGAGUCAAGUAGGGAGCAAAACUUGAAAGAAAAUGUUCGAAGUCAUACAAAACAUCGUUCCCCAAAAUAAUGUAGAACUUCCUGCAAAAUUGUUGUUUAAAUCAAAAACAUGAUUAUGUGUAACAAUUUGUAACUCACUGCUGCAUAUAAAAGUUAAUUUUGAUCACUUUUUCUGCAAUAAGAAGUGUGACUAGUAAAAUCAUUCCAAAUCUUAUUCAUCAAGUUCUCACGCGCAAGUAAACUCGUUUCAUGCAAAAUCGCUUCGUUUCACUCAUUUGCCAAAAAAUCAAUCGAGGCGGAAAUAUAGAAAAUCCUAAGGUGAUUCAUAUGGAUGAUUCAAAUUACGAAGAUUUUGCCUUGGUUCAAAUCGUACAGAGUUUUGAGGUCAUGAGCAUAUUUUGACACUGACUGAAAGUCACUAUUUGGUCACUUUUUCUGCAAAUGAAAGUCACUAUUUGGUUUCUUUUUUCGUCAAAGCUGGUCACUAAAGUCACUAUUUUAAGCAGUGUUGAUCACUACCAGCUCUGAUUUGGAUUUGGUGAACUCAAGAGUGGGUCGUUUUGCAAAACGGGCAUGCGACAUAAUUUGGAACUGUGAAAGAGAAAGGGUUAUUUGAUGUAUUUUUUCACCUGAAUAAAGUAGGUCUAAUAAAUUUAGACUGAUAGUAGACAUUUUUCGGAAGGCGGACAAUCAAAAUGGCUGAACCGUCGUCGUUGUUAUCUUUGCAGAUACGUAUAUCGACCUCACAGUUGAGAUCGAAAUACGUAUCUGCAAAGCAAACAAAACUUAGUGGAAUUGAGUGGAAAGUACUAAACUCGAACCCGUAACGCUGGGUAGACACCUUUACGUGGUGUGUUACGGGGUAAGAUCUACCACGGUUACAUUCCCAGCUACAGGCAAAUCCUGACCCAACGAAUACCUUCCUCAUUAUCCAACUCCGUGGUACUUAUGAGGGUGUCGCUUAACCGGGGGCCUCUCGUUAAGUAAGUACCACAUCAACACUUCCUUCCUCUCCCUAGUUACGGUGAAGAUGGGCGUGGCCAGGGGUAGUAAUCCUCAUGCUUUUGUAAUUUUUAUUAAAGACUGGAAUCAAGGACCACUCCCCUUCUUGAUUUCUGAUUUUCAUUCUAGAUAAGGAUCACAAAAGUAAAACAUGAGUAUCACUAGUGUCCAAUCUACGAAUUACACCGUAACACUGCUAAUGCUAAUGCUAUUGAAUGGAAAGUACUAAACUCGUCUUAGACGGUUGAACACUAAAACACUAAAACACUAAACACUAAAACACUAAAAGAACUUAAAAUAUUUUUUUCUGAAAAUGGCUGACCUAUAUCCAAAGAAUGAAUCACAUCCACCAUUGCCUUAUAGUAGGUAAGGGCCUACUUCCAAGGAAGGGAUAACAUCCACCAUUGCCUUAUUCCGGGCAAAUUGAGAAAGGAAACGCAUCCACUAUUGUUUUAAUUCGGGCAAGCGCCUUCUUUCAAAUAUGGGAUCCCAUCCACCACUGCCUUAAUCCAAGCAAAUGUCUACUUUUAACGAAGGGAUGCUGAUUGACUGCUCGUAGUUGCUACUCCAUUAUGACCAGAUCAGCUGUUCUUGCACAGGGAACCAACAGAUGUUUGCUUGGGACUAGCACACAUCUUCAAUGUACAAGUACUGGUGAUCUCAUUUGUUAGGUCAUACUGGCGCCUGCCACGUCAGAAUGCAAGUCAAUGUAGGGAAGGGGGAGGAAAUGAUGAUGCAAUCACUCGCCCACUGCAAGCCGAAUAUACCUCUGCACUUGCCACGAGUUCAUGCGGAAUUUAUUGGAAUUUCUGGGUUAGGUUGGAGAGGCAGAGGUCCGUCUUGGUUAACGAGCUGCCAAUGUGAUAGAUAGGAGAAGGUAACUCAUGGAAUUUCUAAUUGGAUGUAGGAAACGAGCUCUAUAGUUCAUUUCCAAUUCUAGCAGAUUACUGUUAGAAUACUCAAGUUGAAGGUAUAGGAAUAGUAAUGGAAAUGGUAUGGAAGUCCAUUUCCAGUUCUAGCGAUUGCUAGAACAUGAGAAAUAAAGAGAAUGAUACAAAGUAGGAGAAUGGAACGGACCCUGGGAUUGAACCCACGACCUCCUGCGUAUGAGGCAGAAGCAGUAGCCAUAUGACUACCAAAUCCGCUUCGAAAAAAGAGAGAUCACGCACUGAACUGAUUAAUUUUAUUACCGGCCGCGCAAUGCAGAACACAAUAAUUCGUCCGACCACGCGAUCGUUCUGCUGUCCGAAACAUGAGAGAUCAUGCACUGAACUGAUUAAUUUUAUUGCCGGCCGCGCAAUGCAGAACACAAUAAUUCGUCCGACCACGCGAUCGUUCUGCUGUCCGAAACAUGAGAGAUCACGCACUGAACUGAUUAAUUUUAUUGCCGGCCGCGCAAUGCAGAACACAAUAAUUCGUCCGACCACGCGAUCGUUCUGCUGUCCGAAACAUGAGAGAUCACGCACUGAACUGAUUAAUUUUAUUGCCGGCCGCGCAAUGCAGAACACAAUAAUUCGUCCGACCACGCGAUCGUUCUGCUGUCCGAAACAUGAGAGAUCACGCACUGAACUGAUUAAUUUUAUUGCCGGCCGCGCAAUGCAGAACACAAUAAUUCGUCCGACCACGCGAUCGUUCUGCUGUCCGAAACAUGAGAGAUCACGCACUGAACUGAUUAAUUUUAUUACCGGCCGCGCAAUGCAGAACACAAUAAUUCGUCCGACCACGCGAUCGUUCUGCUGUCCGAAACAUGAGAGAUCACGCACUGAACUCGAAGAUUUUCAUCGUUCAACGUGAAGGUGAGGAACCGAAAAACUUGAAAGAGGCUUUAACCGGUCCGAACAAAAAUCAAUGGGUUGCAGCCAUGAAAGAGGAAUAACACGCUAACUUUCACCUACUCAGUGACUGAGUAAAAUUGUAUUGCUAUCGCUUUCUAUCCCACGGGAAUUUUACUCAAUUUCCGUCAAAAGUAGGAUAACUCAAAACUAUGAGCAAUCAGGGGUGGCAUCACGCAUCUCGAAUCGAAUCACUCGAUUCGUACGUUUUUGCAUUCGUUUCGAAAAAAUUGCGACAUUAUGUAUUUUGUUGUACUUCAUUCUGUCGCAGUACAAGAUUUCGAAUGGUGCUGUACUAGCUCAAUCGAGUAUGUUCUGUCAAACGAAAUGUAAACAGAGAGAAUAAGAGAUAGCUGUCUCCAUGUUUAGUAUGCCGCCCGCUGGAGAGACAACCUCCAGCGCAUGGCGAAUGUGAGUAAACAAAGAGAAUAAGAGUAAUUUCAUCUGCGUGUAGCAUGUUGCCUGUUGGAAAUGCAUCCUUCAGGGCAUGAAUUGGCAGUUAAUUUAAAGACAAGCAAAUUGUGCUCAAUGACUAUAAAAAGCAAUAUUAUUUAUUGAGUCGUUGUAAUUUAUUUAAACAUUAUGCCUAUACGAUAUGUUUUGUAAAUUGAGAUAUUGUUACGACACAAAUUAUAAGUUUAUUCAAGUUUAUGCCACAGAUCAAAUUUUAAGCUAACUAAUUUAAAGCUAAAGAAGGAUUCGAUAAUAAAUUACUUUGAUGUUUUCAUGUGUUUUAUGUAGUUAAAUGCACUUGGGUCAUUUUUUUAUUUUAAUCAACUAUUUUUACAUAGAUUUUGGAAUAUACACGUUAUUACGCAGAUUUUCCCUAUAGAUUUUUCAUGCGGUUUAUCGAAAUCGUCAAGAAAUACGUGAAAACUGCGAAAACCCGACUUUAGUAGAAGUCGUUUUUACGCGGAUUUCGGGGUAAUUUGAAAUUGCAUAUUGUCUGAAACUAUAAAAGUAGGUAUACUAAAGACAUUAUUUCCUUCAAGAUACAAUAAUGAAACAUUUAUUUUCUUCCUCUAGGUAAAUAUUAAAAAAUAUAAUUAAAAACUUUCAGCAAAAAAUUACUCUCGAACAACAUUCGAAAACUAUAAAGGUGACGAGUGUUUUUCAUUCAUCUUGAGUCGUUUCCCAGUGUGCUAUCGAGUAUUCAUAAUGCCAAAACAUCUCGUUAUUCUUGUACCUCCUAGAGCAUGAGUCGUUUUCGAGAUCGAAUCGAAUACCGUCAUGCCAAACAUGUUUGACUCGAUAGAAUUUCGUUCGAAUCGAGAUGCACAAUGCUACCCCUGCUUUUGACGGAAAUUGAGUAAAAUUUCCGUGGGAGAAAAUAGACGGCAAUACAAUUUUACUCAGUCACUAAGUAGGUGAAAGUUAGAAUGAAACAGGCAACACUUCGGCAUCUAGGCUGAAGAUGUCCUUGCGACAUCUGGAUGUGAAGACCGCUUAUCUGUAUGGUCAUCUCUCGGAGGAGCUAUACAUGAAGCAGCCACCAGGAUUUGCUGAGAAAGGAAAAGAAAAGUUCGUACGUAGAUAGCGGCGUAUCAUUAUCUUCAUUGGCAUUACAUCCCCCACUGGGACUUUGCCGCCUCGUAGCUUAGUGUUCAUUAAGCACGUACACAGUUAUUAACUGCGAGGUUUCUAAGCCAAGUUACCAUUUCUGCAUUCGUAUAUCAUGAGGCUAACACGAUGAUACUUUUAUGCCCAGGAAAGUCGAGACAAUUUCCAAUCCGAUAAUUGUCUAGACCGGCACCGGGAAUCGAACCCAGCCAUCCUCAGCAUGGUCUUGCUUUGUAGCCGUGCAUCUUAUCGCACGGCUAAGGAGGGCUCACAAUAUAUGGCCUCACAAUGCGGCGUAGCAUAUAUGGCCUAAAUUUUAACAAAAAACAAUCGGCCAAGUGCUGGAACAAACGUCUACACAGUGUUCCCUUGAAGUUAGGAUUCGUGCAAAGUAAAACGGAUCCAUGCUUGUACACGAAGUUUGUCGGAGGACACCGAAUAUGCCUACUUGUGUAUGUAGAUGAUAUUCUACUUGGUUGCGUUAAUCCAGGUCUUUCAAAAGUCCAGUACAAGACAAAAUUUUUAAAACGACUUCUCUGCUUUUGUAAACAAAGAUUCAAUCGACGAUUAAAUGUCCUUGGCACAAAUGACAAGUGACGGUCUACCCGAAAAACUGUUUUUUUUUUUCGUAAAUUUUUACAAUCGCUGACAACUGAUUACAUAUGGACCCAAUAAUUAUAAUAUUGUUGAAGCCAUCUCAUGAGAAUUUGGUUUGUUAUUUACAUUUUUUGUUAAAAUAUAUGAUGCGCAAUGUUAGGAACAAUUUUUCAAUACAGUGUACCUAAUUUUGCGCACAACUCGUAUUUCUUUGAUAUUUUCAACAUUUAUGAUAUACCUCGUCGGAAUAGGGUUUACGUAAAAAAGAACCUUUGUUAGCUGUGGCCAAUGUACAUAAAUGAGGCUGUACAUACACCAACAGACGUGAAAACAUACUAAGUAUGUCGAAUCAUAAGAAAAUAAUGCUAGACAUCUUCAUAUUCUCAAAUAUGCUCAAAUAUGCCUACAAAUGGAAUGAACAUGAACUGUAAUAGUAGUAUUAGCUGAACAAAUAAAAUUGGGAUGAAAAACUGUAUGAUAGACGCUUGCUUCGUGUUGGAAAUUUUCCAAGUUAUGUGCGCAAAGUUAGGCAUAUAAUAAGGGGCCUACUUUGAAGUUCAAUUUACGAUUUAUUUCAUGCAUUUAAUUAUAAGCAUUACACCUCCUGGGAGCUCAACGGAUAUCGUAAGACAAUUUUGAGAUAUUUUGGGUCAUCCGAACUGUCCUUGAGUUCGGAACUUGAGAUAUUCAGCUGGUUAGAACCUAUUUUUGGUACGCAUUGAUACGCAAAACAUCUCCUGAGAGGUCCAUAAAUAUCGUAUGAUCGUUUUGGGAUACUCUGGUUAAUACAAACUGUCUUUGAGUUUAGGACUUGAAAUCUACACUCUACAGCUGUAAAAAAAUCUUUUUUCAGUAUUCAGAGCUUCAUUAUGCACACCUCCUGGUAGGUCAAAAGAUACCGUAAGAUAAUUUUGGGAUAUUCUGGGUCAUCCAAUUUAUCCUUAAUUUCGAUACAUGAAAUCUACUGCUGCGAGUGGCUCUUUCGUCAUUCAAAGUUUCUGAGUGAUUGUCCUUGAAUGAUUCAGCUGAUUGUUUAGAUAUACCGUAAGUCACCAAAACUGUCCUUGAGUUCGGGACUUCAGAUCUACUGCUACUAACAAGCUUUUUUUCGUCACAUGUUCUAUAUGUGAUCAACCUGGAGGGUCAACAGAUACCGGAAGACUGGUUUGGAGUUGCCUAGGCCAUCCAAACUGUCUUUAACCACAGAACCCAAGAAACAAUGUAUUGCUGAGUAACCUUUUAUUCUGCUAGUUCUAUACAGCCGUUUCACGCUGUUAAUAUUAGACAUAGAGCAAUGUACCCUUAGACAAAGUUGUAAAGGGGAAUCAGCGCUAGAAGUCCGCCAUACAACACUUUCCGGAAUUCCGCCUUUGAAAUGAGUUAUUGGCUGAAUACUAAAUGAUAAUGAAAUGAUAAGUUCAAUCCCUGAUCUAAAGGAACGAAAUAUUGAUUUUUCUUUCUGCUAACAGAUAUCUUGGUGCAUAUCUACCUCCCACCAUAAUGACUUCAACAUUUUCGUCAGAAUAUUACAUGUUUAUAUCGGAAGUUUGUAACUUCUCCAGCUCUUAUCUGUUAAUGACUGUAUUUGUCCCUAAAAUUAAAUGUGCUUCCUCCGCGGUCCUCACAUGCCCCUCAUCGCGAGGAACGAAAACGAAGUUUAACAAUGGAAAACCUAAAGCACUCUCACUCACAACCCGCUUCAAACUACCGUCGAUUCUUCGUACACGUUAUCGUAGCUGCCGGAAUAGUGUCGAUUUCGUCCAUGGUAAAAACUACCGGUCAUGUUUCUGCGAUCAUCCUCGUCCUCGUCUUCGCUGUCUUUCAGCGUAAUCCUCGUACUAUCAUGCUUUCCCUUCCUUUUGACCCACUGAUCACUCUCCAGCGGCGACACAUCCCUACACUCCAAACCGCCACCAUCGCCAUCUCUGUCAGGAUGAUCGCCCUCCAAACAUCACAGUUCCACCUUGAACCCCGAAUGAAGG